UUCUUUUGGGGGGAUUAAUCUGCUUUAGCAGCGCUUAUGUUUUGGUGUUCGGCACGCGGAGAGCGGAAAUGGGCUGUACUACAUGUUGAGAACUAGAGGGUCUGAACUGCGCGUGCAGCAGCACACUGGAGCAGUUGGCGACCACCACGUAGAUGCCAUCCGCAGCAGCAGCAGCCCCGUGCUUGUGACGUGCCUCCGUGUUUGCUUACAUCCUAGACGCACUGGCUGCCGCAGCUCCGCGCGCUAAGACCUCGGAAUAUCAGGCAGCCUGCGGCGCGCAGCCGCUCCACGUCUACUCCGCAGUGGCAGGGAUGAUGCUCGCGCUCACAUUCACCUGCCGCGCGCUGCUCGUCUUCCUGCUUUCGGAGUCGGUUCAGAGCGACAGAAAAGCGCCUUUUCUGAUCACAGAGAACAUGUGGCCUCGUGGUUGUGUCCUGAGCUGCCAGAGGGGGCGCCACGGAGCCGUGUGUGGCAGCAACGGCAGACUGUAUAAAUCGCUGUGUGCGUUUCAGAGAGCUCAGUGCAUCAACACACAGCUCCGCAUAGCUCCACGGGCUCACUGCUCAGAUCCAGCGCAGACCAAAUGCCAGCUGGCCAGAGCUCAGGGCUUGGAGGCCAGGGCCCGCAGUGGCAGGGGUAGCCUCAUGGGUCCUGCAGCCCCCAUUUUUGUUCCAGAGUGCAGUCCUGAAGGGCACUUCCUGCCAAUGCAGUGCCACAGCCAAGCCGGAUACUGCUGGUGCUCCACGCCUGACGGCAAGCCUGUCAGCGGUACCACGGUCUUCCAGGGGACGCCCGACUGUACUGAUCACAUCCCCAAGUUGACUCAGGCCACAGAUGCAGAUUCAACUCUGAUCAAAGGUGAACCUGGACCCACAUCAGACCCCAGAAAACCUGCAGAGCUGACAGCUCCUCCUUUCUGGGUGACCAUCCUGAUGAACUCUGAGCCCAAAAGAAACUGCUCAGCCCGACAAUCCACCGCAUUUACAGACAGUCCUCUGACAUGUGAGCGUGAGCGAGCAUUGUUGCUCUCUCAGGUUCGCUUAGCCCGACAGGAGGAGCGUUUUAUCCCAGAAUGCAGUGCAGAUGGUCGUUACAACCCCGUCCAGUGUCACACAGCCACAGGUUACUGCUGGUGUGUCAGAGUGGACAGCGGCCGGCCGUUUCCUGGCACCUCCGCACGAAAUCGUAUCCCAGAUUGCACUGGGGCAGACACACUAAUGGACAGGAGGCACUGGGAGAAACCUCUACCUGGAUGUCCUGGACCUCAGAAGAAAGAGUUCCUACAGAGUCUGAUCAGGGCUCUGCAGUUGGAAGCAGAGCAUUCUGGGACUCUUUACAAUUCCUCCAAAUUAUCUCCUUCCAACUCAUCCUUGCAAUCUUCAAACCCUCCAUCCUCUACCACAUCAUCCUCUUCCUCACCUCUGGAUGUUGUUCCCUCCAUUGUUCCACCGGAAACUAAACAGUCUUCCAGGUCAGAGGAGGUACUACGAUGGCACUUCAUCCAGCUGGAUUUGGACUCCAGCGGGAUGCUUAGUGAGCGCGAAGCCCGGCCCCUCCGUCAGUUCCUGCGUCGGAGGCUAAAACCACGACGGUGUGCCAAGAAGUUUUCCCAGUACUGCGAUCGAAACGGAGACCGAGGCCUGACGUUAGAGGAGCUGAGGCUCUGCCUCGGCCUCUGAGGGUCAAACCAGCAGAACAAGACAAGUCACCAUGUUUCCUCUUGUGUCCAAAGUUUUCUUUAUUCAUCACUGGCCAGCGGACGCAAUGGAAAUGCCACCUAUUGCCACUCUCAUUUAGACUGGCUUCCCUGCUCUUCAGCAUCUGUAAUUUUACCUCCUGCUCAGUUUUCUGAUCUUCCAGCAGGGCAGCAUCUCUGAAAUUCUCUGUAUAUGUAUUAAUCUUCCAUGAUCAAUGUUUGAUGAUCUUCCACUGAAGAUUCUUUCUUAGUCUAUAAUUCAAACCUUGAAUAAAUCCUUCCAUGAUGCAUUAUGUCUUUCCUCCUUCUUUUCUUUAAUUUUUCCUCAAUUUGGUUAGUUGCUUGUUUACUUUCCUGUCUUCUUGACUUCUUGGUAUAGACUUACACAUAUAUUACACAUAGGCAAUGUUUUAAUACAAAGUAAUCUGAUAUUUGAAUUAUUUUUAUUUCUUGAUUAUUUUUUACAUGUUUCAUAUUCUAAGAUUUAAUCUAAAUCAUUUCCAGAUUUUUAUGAUUUCUUGAUGUUUGUAUAAUUUGAAUAAAAACAUAUUGGUAUGACCUUGUUAUUAAUUUCAACAGGGAUGCUGUGAACAUUGUUUAUCUCUUCAGUAAUGACAGGAUAUAAAUGGAGUCGCCUCUACGUCUGUUUGGCCUUGUUUGACUGUUGUUGGUUGCCACAGUAACAGCUGCCCUAAUUGCUGUUUGGCAUUAAACAAAUCAACAGAUUAGCAGGAAAACGUAGGAGAGGAGCAGGUUUCAUAAUAGCUGUGUAGACCUAAUUUCCUAAGACAUGUUAGCUCCUGCUGAGGUCAUCACUGUGGCUCACUGUGAUUGGAUGGGACACUAACAAAGCACAUAUGCUUGAAUGGGAGAAGCCUUCAGUGAUUUCUCUUCU